AUGGCAGAGGCUGGUAUUUCAGUAGAUCAUUUUUCAGUGGAUCAGUUCAGCUGUCCAGUGUGUCUGGAUCUCCUGAAGGAUCCUGUAGCUAUUCCCUGUGGACACAGUUUCUGUAAGGUGUGUAUUAAUGGCUGCUGGGAUCAGGAGGAUGUGAAGGGCGUCUACAGCUGCCCCCUGUGCAGAGAGACUUUCACCCCAAGGCCUGUUCUAUACAGGAACAACAUGCUGGCUGAAGUGGUGGAGAAACUGAAGAAGAAUGAACUCCAAGCUGCUUCUCCUGCUCACUGUUAUGCUGGACCUGGAGAUGUGGAGUGUGAUUCCUGCACUGGGAGAAAAUACAAAGCUGUCAAGUCUUGUCUGGUGUGUCAGGCCUCCUAUUGUGAAGCUCAUCUUAAACCUCACUAUCAGUCUCCUGCCUUUAAGAAGCACAAGUUAGUUGAAGCCUGUGCAGAGCUCCAAGAGAAGAUCUGCUCUGAACAUGGCAAACUGAUCGAGAUCUUCUGUCAUACUGACCAAUGCUUCAUCUGUUAUUUGUGUACGACGGAUGAACAUAAAGGUCAUGAAACAGUUUCAACUAAAGCAGAAAGAAAUGAAAAACAGAAUGAGCUAAAGGAGGAGCAGAUGAAAUCCCAGCAGAGGAUCCAGGAGAAGCAGAAGGAGGUGCAGGAGCUGAAACAGGCUGUGGACACUAUUAAGAUGCGUUAUCAGGCAGCAGUAGAUGACAGUGAGAGGAUCUUUACUGAAAUGAUCAGCUCCAUGGAGAAAAAGCGCUCGGUGGUGACGGAGCUGAUCAGAGCUCAGGAGAAAGCUGAACUGAAUCAAGCUGAACGACUCCUGAAGCAACUGGAGCAGGAGAUUGCUGAUCUUCAGAGGAGAGUCACUGAGCUGGAGCAGCUUUCACACACACACGAUCACAUCCACUUCUCAGAUCACGCCGCUAUUUUCCUCAUGCCUAAGUACAUUAAAAAACUGAAAGUGGAAGCCCCGGCAUGCAGGGAGGUGACGCGAUGGUCUAACCAAUCAGUGGCGAUCUUACAAGAUGCACUCAACAUCACCGAUUGGGAUUUGUUCUGGCACAGCUCUGGUGAUGACAUCAACGUGUUUACAGAAGCGGUGGUGGGAUUCAUUGGGAAGCUAGCGGAGGACUGCGCUCCCAAAAGCAUAGUCAGGACAUUUCCCAACCAGAAGCCGUGGGUGGAUAACACCAUUCGCGACACUCUGAGAUCACGCACCGCUGCCUAUAACACCGGGCUGUUAACCGGGAACAUGGAGGAAUUUAAGGCUGCUUCUUACAAUGUUCGUAAAGCAGUGAAGGAGGCUAAACGGCGGUAUGGGAGGAAGCUGGAGGAUCAUUUGUACCAGCAGGAUCCCAGGGGGCUAUGGCAAGGACUACAGAUCAUCACGGACUAUAAAUCAGCUCACACUCCUCUGAUGAACGCUGACAAAUCUCUCGCUGAUGAACUGAACAACUUUUAUGCCCACUUCAAGACGACCUGCAAACAAGCUGACGAUCACUGGCAAAGGGGAGAUGGCGCCACGGGCACAGAUAGAGGCUACUCAAACCCCUCAUCACCUCCUCCCUGCCUGCUACCCUGGAUCCACUACAGUUUGCCUAUUGUUCCAGCAGAUCCACAGAUGAUGCCAUUUCUCACCUACUUCACACCACCUUGGCUCAUCUGGACACCAAGAGGGGAUCCUACGCUAGACUGGAUGGGAGUCCUUAAAGUCCAACCUCAGACCAACCUCACACUCAACACCAGCAAAAUGAAGGAGCUGAUAGUGAACUUCAGCAGGAAGCAGCAGAGGGACCCAUCUGCAUCAACGGGGCCCAGGAGACUGAAGGACUUCAAACUCCCACUCAAGGUACUAAGAAACUUUUACUCCUGCACUAUUGAGAGUGUCCUGAGUGGGACCAUCACUAACUGGAUGGGAAGCACCACCAGGAGAGAUCAGCUGGCUCUCAGGAGGGUGGUUCACUCUGCUGAGAGAACCAUCAGGACCACCCUCCCUGACCUACAGGACAUUUAUUCCAACCGCUGCAGGGACAGAGCCAGGAAGAUCGCCAGCAACCCCAGCCACCCAAAUAAUAGACUGUUCUCCUUGCUGCCUUCAGGGAGACGUUACCGACAGCUGAAGGCCAACACUGAGAGAACGAGGAGGAGCUUCUUCCCUCAGGCCAUUGAACUGUUCAUAAUAAUAACAAGGAACAUCCAAUAUCUGACUCUGGAUCCAAACACAGUAAAUCCUGAACUCAUUCUGUCUGAGAAGAACAGAGCGGUGACACGCAGUGGGACAGAACAGAGAUACUCUGAUCAUCCAGAGAGAUUUGACUCCAAGUCUCAGGUGUUGUGUAAGGAGAGUGUGUGUGGACGCUGUUACUGGGAGGUGGAGUGGAGGGGUCUUGGUGUGGACAUAUCAGUCUCAUAUAAAGAGAUCAGCAGGAAAGGAUGGGGUGAUACGUGUAUGUUUGGAUUCAACAGUCAGUCCUGGAGUCUGGAGUGUUUUUCUUCCUCUGUCUGUUUCCGACACAACAACAUUAAGACUGUUCUCCGAGGUCCAUCAUCCUCCAGAAUAGGAGUGUAUGUGGAUCACAGUGCAGGAACUCUGUCCUUCUACAGCGUCUCUGACCCGAUGAGGCUCCUCCACAGAGUCCACACCACAUUCACUCAGCCUCUAUACGCUGGGGUCUGGAUUGGUUCUGACUCAACUUUGAGGUUUUGUGAGCUGAUGAAAAAAUGA